CGAUUUUUUAAAUUAAAAAUGAACAACAAUCGAUGCCUACGAAUAGCGAAUGGAAAAAAACGAAGAUAAUGGUGAAGAGAAACGUUUUCGUGAAUAUUAUGAACAGGAUGGAACGAAAGUAAUAGAAACGAUAACAUUAUGUCGAAUACCACCCAAAGGUGGUCUUUUCUCUGGAACGAAUUUACUGGAAGUGGAUUCCAAUUUCUAUCACCAAGUAUUGGAUUAUACGAAUGAAUUACGAGCCAAACAUCAGGCACCACCAUUAUCGUUGUUUAAAGAUCUGAAUAAAUUUGCACAGGAAUGGGCCAAUCAUCUGGCCAAACUGAAUCAAUGUAUUCAUCGUGAUCAGACCAAAUAUGGAGAGAAUAUCUAUUAUAAAUAUCAAUAUAGUAAGAUUACACUGAAUGGAUAUGAACCGGUUCAAUCAUGGUAUGAUGAAAUCGAAGAUUAUUAUCCAUUCUUCGGUAAAGAUCCACCCAAGUCAAUUUUCAAUAAGGUGGGACAUUUCACCAAUCUUGUCUGGAAGGAAACUCAACGUAUGGGUGUUGGUUAUGCCAAAGGAACCAAUACGGUCUAUGUUGUCGCCAAUUAUGAUCCACCCGGUAAUCUAUUCACAGCAUUCAAAGAUAAUGUAUUACCACCUUUGGUCACCGAAACGAUCACAUCGAGUCGAAUAUCAACAGCUCUUAUCUCUCAAUUAUCGAUGGCAGCACGAAGCAUUCUGGAAGUGGAUCAAAAUUUCAAUCAACAAGUUCUCGAAUAUACUAAUGAUCUUCGUGCCAAACAUCAAGUGCCUAAAUUAACAUUACAUCCUACAUUGAAUAAAUAUGCACAAGAUUGGGCCGAUCAUUUGGCUAAAAUCAACAAAUCUGUGCCUAGAGAACAGAGUAAAUUUGGUGAAAAUCUUUUCACUAAAAGUCAUGAUGCAAAAAUCACAUUGAACGGUAUCGAAACUGUGCAAUCAUGGUAUAACGAAAUUGAAGAAUAUUUCCCUUAUUUCGGUAAAGAACCACCGAAAACAUUGUAUCCGAAAAUCAUUAAUUUUGCCAAUCUACUAUGGAAAGAUACAAAACGUAUGGGCGUCGGUUUUGCAAAAGGUACGAAUACUGUAUAUGUUGUUUGUUAUUUUGAUCCACGUGGUGCCAUACCGGAUACGUUCAAAGAUCAAAUUUUGCCAUCAAAAGAAGUGGAAUGUAGUACCACUUGUCGUAUUGCUCCCAAAGAAGAUUUUAAAUUGGCACCGACAAACGUUCUAGAAGUUGAUCCAAAAUUCUAUCAACAAUUUCUUGAUUAUACAAAUGAAUUGCGAGCAAAACAUCAGGCACCACCAUUAUCAAUCUACAAGGAUCUUCAACGUUAUGCACAAGAAUGGGCCAUACAUCUAGCUAAAAUCAAUCAAUGUAUUCCACGUGAAAAUAGUAAAUUUGGAGAAAAUCUUUUUUAUAAAAGUCAUUAUAGUAAAAUCACACUGAACGGUUUCGAACCGGUACAAUCAUGGUACAAUGAAAUCGAGGAGUAUUAUCCACAUUUCGGUAAGGACCCACCAAAAACAAUAUUUGCAAAAAUUGGACAUUUCACUAAUCUUGUCUGGAAACAAACCAAACGUUUGGGCGUUGGCUAUGCUAAAAGUGCUAAUACAGUAUAUGUUGUUUGUAAUUAUGAUCCACCGGGUAAUAUUUUCAAUCUAUUCAAGGAUAAUGUAUUGCCACCAUUGCCUGGAAGUGACCAAAAAGAAAAGUCCCAACAAUCAAAUAAAACACAUGGCCAGCAACAAAAUCAACCAAAAACGAUUUCGGGACCACCGUCAACACCAGCCCAUCCAUGAAAAUAUUGAAGCUUUUAUUUUCAUCACAUUUUUGUAGUUGUUGUGUUAAAUAUAUUCAAAUUAAAUGAA